AUGACGGCGCAGAGCAAUUCCACAGUGAAGUACCUCCAUGAUCUCUCGAGGCAAAUCGAGAAGUUUUUUGAGGAUAAUCGUCAGACACCUGGAAAAUAUAAGGGGAAGGUUGAAUUUAAAAAUAAUCUCUACUCUGCUGCUUCUUCAUCCUUUCGAAACUCGAAGAUGUUUAUUGUGGGUUCCUCAGCCAAUGGAUUUGGAUGGGAGAGAAGCGAUGUUGAUUUGUGUCUCGUAAUUGCGCCAGAGGAGGUGGAGAGCAAGGGAGGUGACGAGGCGUUGCUGCAGCAACUCAGUCCUCUUCUAAGCAAAAAGUGUUCCCUUGCAAAGUGUGAGCCGAUUCCCGCUAGAGUGCCAAUUCUUAAGUUGCGUGACCAACGGUCGGAUUUUGAGUGCGAUUUAAACGUCAACAAUGUGGUGGGCAUUUACAACACCCACCUCCUUGCCAUGUAUGCUCGAGUGGGAUCGUUGAAUGUGUUGCAUCAUCCAUGCAUGUUCCGAGACCUUCCACUUACCUUUCAUCAAGAUCCAUACAGUCCAAUCACCCACACCCCUAACAAUUAUUCUGAGAAUGCCCCUAGUCAACAAAUUCCUUGUUUUUUUCCUACAGGGUACGAAAUUCCCUUGUCUAUGCCAUCGUUCCGGCCCACUGAUCCACGCCUGUGCGCAACGGACCACCUACUUCCCUCCCACUGCUUCUCGUGCAUCCCACUGGCGGAGAGAGAAGGAGAUGGUGAUGAUGCUGCGGCUAAAGGUAGCCGAGGGAGUGCUGUACAAAAUGCGACCUUCGCGCUGGUCUUUGCGCUUCGAUAUUCUACCACUCCAUCUGCCAAUUCCAGAAGCGAUUAG